AUGGCGCCAUGCUUGGAGCCUCCUCCUUGGGUAUCUCCAAUUAAUGAUAAAACAAGAGAACUCCUUGAUCCGGACACAAGAAGCUUGAUUCAGCAGGUCAUUGAGCAGGAAAUAAGCGUGCGGCCCAAGUGGGUGGAUAGUAAUUCACCGUUAUUAAAAGGACCUUGGAGUCCCAAAGAUGAUUCAGCUCCAAAGUACACUCCUAAUUCGAAACGAACUGGCCUGAUAGCCCGUAAGAUUGGGAUGGUCCCUCAGUGGUUGAACAAUGGUACCCGAGUAUUGUGUACUAUACUGGAAUUUCCUGAUAAUCACGUUGUUUCCGCUGUAGACCCAGAAACUUGGUUUAGAUGCAGUUUAGUGGGGAAAAACAAGGCUUUCAAUCGUUUUGGUGCUUUCUGGAAAGUUACUGUUGGGGCUAUUAACUGCGAUCCUUCUAAAUAUACGCACGAGUACAGAACAAUUUUCAGCCGUCAAGGCUUACCAGUUAAGGAGGCUCUGAGGAGCUUCCUUGUUUCUGAAGAUGCUGUCAUACCUCCUGGAACCCCGUUGCAUGUAUGUCACUUUUCUGUUGGACAGUAUGUUUCGGUCACUGGGCGAACAAUUGAUUGGGGAUUUCAAGGUGUUAUGCAUCGAUGGGGAAUGAGAGGGCAGCCAGCUCUCCGCACAACAAAGUCUCAUCGUCGUGUGGGAGCUAUAGGAAUCAAAGGUGAAGCAAAAGUUUGGCCCGGCAGGCGACUUCCUGGUCAUAUGGGGUACGAAUGGGUGACGAUACCUUCCCUUGAAGUCUUGCGAAUUAUACCUGAAAAACAAGUUAUGUACAUAAAAGGCUCAGUUCCCGGAGAAAUUGGUGAAAUACUGUUGGUAAACGACACAAUGAUACCCAAAAAACGUGUUAAAGAUCCGCCUUUUCCUACUUUCUUUGUAAAUCCUGGUAUUCUUGAUCAAACAUCUAAAACCUUUUUUGGAGAGCUACCGGAUUCCGUAGUGUUAGAAGAUGGACAACUUUAUGCGUCGAAAUUAUUUAGGUUUACUAGUCCUUCGAUCAUUUUCACAGCCGAAGACGAAACGCGGUUACCUGGUAGAGAUAAAACUCGUGCGAAGCUAGCUAAAAUAAAGAAGUGAGU